UUUUAUUUAGAAAGUUUGUUAAUUCUCUCGGUUCGAAAGUGAAAAACAAUGAUUUAUGAAUUUAAAACUUGAAACUUAUUAAAAGUGUUGUUAUUAAUAGUAAGUGCUUCUUUUAAAUAAAAACGUUAAAGCUUGACACAACUUUUUUAUUAUCAAUAAUGAGUUCUAAACUGUUCUGCGUCAUCCUUGCCUUAGAAAAUAAUUUUAAUAAGAUUCAGAUAUAAGUAUCUUAUAAUUAAAUUAAAAUAAUAGGUUUUUUUUAUAACGGUUGUCACAACUGAUUUAAAAAGGACCAGUAAAUAAUGUUUCCGCUACAACCACUUGACAUCGGACGUUGAACAGGUCGUGAUUCUGUCAAACCUUUAUAUGCACGUUUAUUAUUAUAUUUUUGGCUUGCAACAUUAGAUUUAUAUUUUACAUAACAUACGUGUAAUUUUUUUGAGACAUGUCUCUUAUAAGAAUAUAAUUUUGAACCAGCCUUGUAUAAGAUCGUACUAAAAUUAUUGAUUUUGUCCACUGUUUGGAAAAUUUUUGGAUAACCGGCUGUGUCCACAACAAAUGUUAUCUGCCACAAAGUCGUAUAUAAUAAACAAAGAAAUUGUUUAAAUAAGACAAAGAUCACAUUUCAGAAUUUUAUAAAUGCAAAUUUCUGCGUCGGAAAGUAAAAAAAGGGUAAAGAGUAUAGAAUUGGUAAUGCAAUAACAAAGAAAUGACAUCUCUAGCUUGAAUAUCUACUUAUGUAAAUGUGCAUAAAUUAAAGAUACAAAGCACAUACGUUUUUGUAAAAAGGAAAUUUCGUUUUGACAACUACAAAAAUAUAGUACAUACAAAUGUCAUAACGGAAACAUUGUAGCGGCUUUUAGGCUCAGGACUUUUAAAAUGGAUAGUGUGAGAAAAAUUCUACUUAUUAGUGGAAAAAGAAAGUCGGGAAAAGAUUAUAUUUCGAGUACGCUGCAAAAUGUCCUUGGCGAUCGCUGUCAAAUAGUAAGCAUAUCAGAGCCUAUAAAAACGGAAUGGGCAAAACGUCUUAAUCUGAACUUGAGCGAGUUGCUGAGCGAUGGUCCGUAUAAGGAAAAGUAUCGCAAAGAUAUGAUAGAGUGGAGCGAUUCUGUGCGUAUCAAGGAUUAUGGAUUCUUCUGUCGAUCUGCAAUGUUCCGUGCACAUGCCGAAAUUAUAAUUGUUAGCGACAUAAGACGAAAAACAGAUAUUAAAUACUUUCGUGAAAAUUAUGGUUCGCUUGUGCUUACAAUACGAAUUAAUACGAAAGAUACAAUACGCGUUGAACGAGGUUGGAUUUUCACGAAUGGUGUCGACGAUGUGCCCUCCGAAUGCGAUUUGGACGACUAUAAUCAAUGGGACGUGGUGUUGCAGAAUAAUUGUUUGUCGGACGGGCAAUCAUGCAUUGAAAUAUUAAGGGAUAAACUUGAGCAUUAAUAUUAUUAAGGCAUCAAGUUUUUAUUUUUUCCGUUUUGUUUCUAAAAUAACCGAAUUUUAAGAAAUUCUAUACAAGGUUAUAUUAUACAUAUAUGUACAUAAGUACAACUAUAUUUUUGUAAAAGCAGAUGUAGGAAAUUAAAUAUCCUGUUAAGUUUUAGAUUGGCUGCGUUAUGGCGUAAAACUGAAUUAAGAUUGUAUAUAUGUAUGUCAUAAGUGUCUUAUAGAAGUACAAAGUAUUUGUUAAUAUACCGUUUUUUAAUUUUGUAUGCAAACUUCGCAGUAAGUAAUAAAAUGUCAACAGAAGAAAA